GGUUGCUUUGUUUCGAAUGAACUUUUAAAUUGUGUCAAAUAUAAAAGAAAAAUCGAAUUCAAUUUACUGUUAAUGUUAAAUUAAGUUGCCAUGGCUCAAAAACCAGCUUCAAUUUUUAUUAACCCAAAGUUUAAAAAUGCACACAUCAAUCCAAAUUUCCUUUCUAGAAGCAAAAUCCAUUUUAAUCCUAAAUUUUUGACAAACACUUUAGUGGACAAUUCCUUAUUUAUUUCCGAAUCUAUACCAAAAGAGUCAGCAUUACAACCAAAAAUAAACAAUGGUAUCAUAAAACAAACCAGACGAAGUUUAAUUCGUGAUCCUAAUACUUCAAGGUCAAAUGUUUUGUCGACCUCUGAACCAAACAACUCUAAUUUUAAAGCCUCAUUCAAGAACCAAAAUCUAAUUAAAAUUAAUAGAAACAAGCUCGUAAAAGCUACUCAACUCAUGCAACAUCAGCAUAAAGAAAACGAAGUUAUCAAGAAAAAGACUCAAUUAAUUCAGAAAACAAAAAGCUUGUUGAAACAAAACGAGCACAAAUCUUCAAUCUACAAACUCGAUCGACGGAAAGAUUUGACUCCUAAAAUAAAAAAAAUUGUUAGCACCUACUCCCUCCGUCAAGUUGAUGCCAUAUCGCCAAAGAAAGCUUUCGCUCAUGAAAAAGUUCUACGAAUUUCAAAGCUUUUAUCAAAAACUGAUGGAUAUAAAAAUACGGUCAUGAUUGAUAUAAAUGGUGUUCAUUAUAAAUCAACCAGCAAAACUUUGACAAAAACAUUGGUUCCUUUUGCAGAUGAAAAAAGAAAUUCUAAUGAGAAAAUGUUAAUUAUUCGAGGAGAAAAGUUUAUUCUUGAUACUUCUGGAAGAAAAUUAAAAAGAAGUAGUGAAGGAAAUGAUUUCAAAAUGUCUCGAAUCGAUAUUGGUGGCUUAACUUACAAGGCAUCUGAGAGUGGAGCAUAUGAACGAGACAACAGUCAUCAAAUAAGAAACCAUUUAAGCUUUGCGAGAAUGAAAAGUAUUUCAUUUCUGGCUCGAAAUCGACUUCAGAAAAGCAACAUCAUAUGUCCGAUUUAUAGACGUCUAGGGAAGUGUUUGUCAUAUGCCAAUGGAAGAUGCCAAAAAGUUCACGAUCAACGUUAUGUUAUCGUUUGUCCAAAAUAUCUAACAGGAUCGUGUCAAGAUGACAAGUGCAUGCUUUCUCACAAUGCGAACCUCCACAAAAUGCCUGUUUGUAAGUUUUUCCUACAAGGUCUAUGUCAGAAACAACGGAAUUGUCUUUAUCUGCACAAAAAGCUCACCGAGGAUACAAAGUUGUGCAAUGAAUUCUUAAAAGGUUACUGUCCAAAGGCUGAUAAAUGUACUCUUCUUCAUGAUUUUAUGGAAACUCAUAAGAAAAAGAUUUUGGUGAAUAAUGGAAACUCAAAGAAAAAACUUAUAAGUGAAAAAGGUGCAGAAAGGAAUUUUUCCAAACAUUCACGCUAUCAGAUAGAUGAAAGUCAAGAAUCAACAAGUAGAAAUGUCCCUAAACGAGAAAAGUUGGGAUCAUUACCAGCAUUUAUUCCACUUUAAUUGUUUUAAGACAUGUUGGUGAGUAGAAUGUGAAAAUCUUCCCUUGUGCUUUACUGUCAAAAAACAAAUUUUAUGUUAGAUAAAAAAUAAAAGAAACAAAUAAAAAACGAUAAAUGAAUAAU